AUGUGUAUGAAGCGCGAAUUCUGCAUGUUAUGUUUGUUGAUAUCAGGCCCAAGAGAACCAGGUAAAGACAUUGAUGUGUACUUACAACCAUUGAUAGAGGAGUUGAAAGAGUUAUGGAAUGAUGGUGUUAUGACAUUCGACAGCUUCACAAAGUCUGAAUUUCUGUUGAAGGCAAGGUUGUUAUGGGCCAUUCAUGAUUUUCCGGCACUAGGGACUCUGUCCGGAUGUGUGACUCAUGGAUAUUAUGCGUGUCCUACUUGUGGUGAAGAAACAGUUUCUGAGUGGCUGCCGUAUAGUAAGAAAAUAUGUUAUAUGGGACAUAGAAGAUGGAUGCCAUCCGAACACAAGUACAGAGAUGACAAGACAAACUUCAGUGGAGGGGUAGAACAUGGUAAAGCUCCAUGGCCACUAACAGGAUUGCAAAUUCAAGAAAUGGUGAAGGAUAUGAGAAGCAAACAGGGUAAGGGUAAACCACCAGCAAAGAAACGUAAAAGAGGAGCAGAAGGUGAUAGUUUGCAACAGGGAGCCGAUGAAGAUGUUUCUGACUACUCACUCUUUUCUCGAAGGUCCAUUCUUCAUGAUUUGCUGAAUUGGGGAUCAAACACAGUCCAUCAUUGUACAGAUGUUAUGCAUACAGAGAAGAAUAUAACUGAGCAUAUCAUUAACACUCUCAUGGGUAACAGUAAGUCAAAAGAUGGUGUAAAUGCACGGAAAGAUAUGGAAGCUAUGGGUAUUAAGAAGCGGUUAAUGAAAGGAUUUAAAGGAUUGGUGCGCAAUAAAAGGUACAUUGAGGGGUGCAUUGCAAGAGGGUAUGCGUUGCGAGAAGAUAGCUUAUACCUUAUGGAUGACAUAUCUAAUGAUGGUGAUGGUACUCAUAAACAUACUCGACAGGCUUUUUUGGAUGAUGACUGUGAUGAUGCUGAUGAGAUUCCUCUAAUCUUUGAAUUGGUAUUCGGCUGUAGGAAGUAUGAUGUUUAUGUUAACGGUGACAAGUCUAAUGGUCAGAGCUCAAACAGUUUUCAUCCAUGGUUGCCCAACGAGUUUUUAAAGGACAAAGAAACUGAUUCAACACUUUGGAGACUCCUGCAAGGACCACUCUUCAAGGCACAAUCAUAUAAGAAGUACCAAGUCAAUGGGUUUACUUUUAGCAAACUCAGUUCUGGGGUGAAGAAUGUAUUACAGAACAGCGGUGUGUCAAUGAAAGCUGUUACAAGGCUUCAUGCGAAGUCGACCGAAGAAGCAGAAAUAACAUAUUAUGGCGUAAUUAAAGAGAUCAUCAACUUCAACUAUGAAGAAACUGUUUUUUAUUGUGAUUGGGUUAGUGUUGGAGAUAAGAAUGCUUGCAAUGUUGAUGCAGUUUCCAAGGUUGUAAAGGUCAACUUGUCGAAAAUAAGAAGCAUAAAUACAGUGGUGGAUGAGUCGUUUAUCCUUGCAUCUGAAGCUACUCAAGUGUUCUACUCGAAGGAUCUUACUGAAGAGGGAUGGUCCGUGGUGUUUCACUCACGACAGCGAUUAACGUCUGCAGUAGAUAAAUUUGAAGUUCCUAUAUCUUUUCAGUCAGUUCUGACUGACAAUGAGAAUUUGAGAAAGCUGCUCAUUACUGAUUCUAUAUUUUGA